AUGAAGCAUCCUCAACUUCUGAGAGGUGAAAGCCAAGUAGUUGCUGAUACUACUUGUUCAGUGACAGAUGAUGCCAGUGAAGAAAAUACAGAGCUCUUUGAAAAAGGCAAUGAGCAUGAUCAAGAAAAUGCUCGGGGAAAACGAAAACAGCGUAGGCCGAAAUAUUUGGGAGACUACAUUAAGAUGCCUCAAACAAAGUUAACUCCACGUAAAGAACACAAGUGUCCCAUGUGCAGGUUUAGGAGCUUUGAUAUGGUGGAGAUCACAAAGCACAUUACUGAAUGUGGACUAAAACAGAUGGACCAAAAAAAAUAUCUUUGUGAUCGGGUUGAAUGCAGUUUUAGUACUAAUAAGCUAUGGAACCUCAACAGACACAAGAAGAGAAAUUUUGAUUUGGAACAACAGAAAGUUACCACUUCGUUGUCCAAUGCUUCUCAGAGCGAUAAUGGAAAGGAGAUGGAUGAUGACUGGGAGAAUGCUGAUCCUGGAGAUUUGCGGAGUAUAUUAGGGGAAAUUUCAGAAACAGAAUCUGAAGCGGAGGUAACCGUCAUUAGAAAGGAUGAAAAGCUGAGCGCGGAGGCAGAAGCAGCAAAGAACCCUUUACACGUUGGAAGGGUACUGAGAAAGCCAACUUCACUCAUACCGGUCACAACUCCAAAACGGAAGGAACCUCUAUCAUCUUCUACCGGAGUUCCUGCCCGACCUAUUAUUAAAAGACCACAUUUGACGGAAACAGGUACUCAGACAGAAGGGAGGAGCGUGCAUAGGGUCGAGUGGACCAUUACAAAGUGGAAAGAGGGUAACAAAGACAUUGAACAUAUUGUUAUGAUUGAGGAAGAUAAAUAA